GUCGCCCCCGGCGCCUUUACUUAGAGGAAACCGUUACAUGGGCUCUAGUUGUUUUUGUGCUCGAUCUCGGAUGUCUAUUCAGUUGCUAGGGGCGUGCUAGCCAGAGAAGAUGUCCCACAUGGACAGGGAACUCACGCCUUCAUCACGCUCAAACAAAUCGAUGAGAAUUUUCAACCAAGUUCCACUGUCGUCGACGAUGCUUCAGAAGAGCUUACCGUCCCGGAUCUCGGCGGAAACAACGGACUCUGGGUUAGCUUCUACAAGCUGUACCCACGCAGUAUCUAGCUCUGAAACUUCAUUCCGAAUCCUAGACGGUGUGCGGAGGGAUGAGGCUGAACGACGACAGGAAUCUGUGGAGAACGGCACCAAUAACAGGAAUAUACAAACACCACACAGCGGCUUCAUGCUCCUGCGGAGAAACUUGUCAAGCCGGGGAUCGUCAACUCCGAAGAACUGCGUCAGUCAUUGUCCGUUCCCGACGCCCGACCGCUUGAAUGAACCGUUCAUCAGUCAUGAAGUCUUCGAGAAUCGACUGCUAUCUUUCGAGGAGAAGAACUCUUUCAGUCCGUGCAUCGACUGGCAAUCGACGAUGAAUCCCACAGUAUUCGAUACUUCGAAUCCAGCGGCAUAUCUGCCACCGGUUCGCUCUCUCAGCUGCGAGCAGCGGAACGAGAGAGCGAUUAACGCUUUUUUCCAAAGGAAAAUCGUGCCUUCGCCAACUCCGACAGCUCGGCGGAGAGUUGCGAUCACUUCAUCGGGGUCACGUGAGUCGACGAUGGACACCAAGUCUCCCAGCCAAACACUUCCUACGUCCCUCCGAGCCAUGACGACGCAGACAGACGUAACGAUCCCUCCUGAUUACGACAUCGCUCAGAUUUUCGCGCCUUUCGCAACUUUCACUGGGGUUGACACUCGUACGUCAACGAUGGAAGUAUCCCGGUCCUGCUCGAGCUCUCCGACCUCGAUAUCGUCGCUUUCGAGGCGGAAAUUGUUCUCCGAGGAGGAUUUCGAAGACUUCAACGAUGGAGCGGCAGACGGAGACCUUCGCGGGCCCGAAAUCUCUCGUGGUCACGCGCCGUUCAUCGACACCCCGGCUCUAUCCACACCUCCGAAAACUUGCAGACGGGAAAGCACAUCCGGAAGUCUCUCCGGUGUAUACGGAAGACAGGAAUCAUUCUGUGGCGAGAAUCAGCAUGAAAUCGGCAUCGAUGAAAUUCCGAGAGGUGCUCUGGACAUCGAGCUAUCCCCCAUCAGACCACAUUCUCCGACGGACGAGGCAACGAUGGAUUCGAAAUACACCUUUGUGACCUCGCCUGAUGGGAAUCGGCAGGAACACGCAACAGAGAACAGCCCAUCGACCUUCGAUAUGUCUAUAGUUUAGAGAGAGGAAUAGAUGUGCAAUUUUUGUACCGACUUGAAUACUUGACAUGCUUCUAAUUAUAAAAUUCAAUAUGAAUCAAUGCGCUCUCUUGGAGUACUGGCGGCAGAAUAAACCACUUGGCGGCUCGAUAUAGUUGUAAAGAC